ACAAACCUUUCAUAUUGUGCUUUGCUGCUCUUGUGCGAACAACCUACUGCGAUUAUCUCUUCGUAUUUUGCGAUUUCAUCGAUAUUUAUCAACGUUUUGUGACGAGAAACGAUCUGGAUCGAGAUGGAGAAUACACCAUCGAUAUCCAAAGUCUAUCAGCGGAUGACGGCCUGGAUCUGUAGGCGAAUCCCAUCCGCUCUAUCAGGGGUCUCCCACACCAAGGUGCAGGUGCUAUCGAGUACCCACUGUGUACCGCCUGAGGCUGACUUCAAGUGCCCAACCCCCGAAAAGUCUUGCAAGACAUGGGCAAGCCGGAUCAGACCUAACCCUAAGCCCGAGAAUUACCCCGGAAAUGAAAAAGGAGGCGACGGAAAACCAGUUGACGAGAUUACUAGAAACUUCAGCCACCAAGCCCGAGACAAGCACAUCUCAACCGAUGAAGAGCAUCCGCCAACUUGCUGCCCCUUCCUGCCAGGGUUACGGCUCUGUAGAUUGAGUCGCCGCAGGCGGGCAAAAGUCGCGCCCUUUGACCCACCAUCACCCCCUAUCAAGGCCAACUUGGAAUCAGCGAUCGGUGGCGAAGACACUCGAGUACAUCCCCUGACAACCGAGGUGUCUGUGUUCGAUCUGGAGGAUGUAGAAGGCCAGGAAAGUCCAGGCCUUGGUCUGCCGACUCGGCAGAUGAUGGAAGAAGACUUCAACAAAUGGCGAGAAAGCAAGAGAGGUGAGAUAAAACUCGGAUGUGAAAAAGACGAGAUUGAGGGCAUCUCAAGAGAAAGUAUCCUCCUUCCACCCAGACCAAAGACAUCGAGAGGUCUCGGAGAGAAAUGUGGACAGAGGGAUCAGCCAUUGUUGGGAAAGGGUGAACAGUCAGAUGAAAAGCUCAAUGUAUGGACCAUUAAUCACAACGAAGUCAAGCAGGAUGAUGUGCUGAGCCUUGAGACUGAAAAUACGGUAGGAAACGGCACUGAUAAAGUCCUAUACUACUGGAAAAACCUAAAUGUGGAGGAUUAUGAAGAUGGAGAAAUAAUCAGUACCAGGUCAGGGGGAGCUCUCGCCACUUCGAGUGACGAAGCGGUUGUCCCAGGGCAAGGAGAAAUUGUCACGGAUAAUGACAGCCAGUAUGAGGACUCAGGUGGAUCAUUGAAGUCGUCAGAGGAGGACCUUUAUUCCUCAAGACCGAAGACUUCUCGGGGGCACAGACGUGAAAAUGGACGGGGGGAUUCAUCCUCGGGGAGGGGAGGAAAUAGAUCAGCCACGGAGGUCACUACCACCGCGACCAAGGUUGAAGAUAAAGUGGAAGAUAGACAAACAAUCAGCGACAACUGUAUCCCUCAGAAGACCCAGUUCAUGGAAUCAGGCAUGAGAAGUAAGGAAAGUUUAUCCUUGGAGGAGCCACAAGGCUCUGGCGAGGUCUUGAACAUUUGGAGAAACCUGGAUGACAUAGACCUAAAAGAUGAAGAAAGAAGACAAGCUGAUGAGUCAAGCGAAGACCACAGGUAUGACAGAAGGGAGAAGGAACAAAUGGAUUCCAGACCGAACGAAGUCGUACCAUCAAGUGAGAAAAAUAGUGAAGUGAAAAAUCCCAAGUCUUCAAAUGAGUCAGUGGAUGCAGCUGGCGUGACGAUGACUUCCGAAGAGGAAUGUCAGUAUGAACGACAGCAACGUCAGCAGUGGCAGCUGGCUGCUAUUGGUGAAUGGGCCACCAUAUGCCAAGACUACGAUGAAGAUGAUUACCUGGUAGAGUGCUACCUGAGAAUGGAUGAAUUCCAGAAAGAGCAGGCCAUCAUGAAGGAGUGGAAGUCCAUCGUUGAGCGUUACCACUCCCUCGGUGUCAUCCAGGACCUGCAGAACAUACAGACACUGUGCAAGUGCACCAUCAACCAGAGCGAGAGAGCUCUGCGGCAGUUUGCCCGGAUCUGCCGCGGUCCCGUGCCCCUCUCCAAGUCGGGACAAACCAAAACCGAGGCUAUUGCCUCACUCUCCAGACUGGUCCAGCAACAGACCAGGAUGAUCUCCGAAGACGUGUCCAAUAUCUUCUCAGAAUCCUAUCAAAUCUUCGAGGAGCUGGACCUCUUAAGGGAGAGACAGGAUCGAGUGGAGGAAUUCUUGGAGAAUGAUCUGAGGAGGAGGGAUGCGGAGGCAGCAUUGUCUCGGUCGAGUUCUCGAGGAUCAACCAUCACGCCAAGGCAAGUCUCCAGUCGGCUCCAACAGAGGGAGAUUGAUCAGGACCUAGCAGACACAUACAUGGAGAAGUGCAGGGUAAGGUCCACGGAUCUGUUCAACGUCAUGCCCACCAUUUACGAGGAUAAAGCCUUCCAUCUGGAAGAAAUUCAAGAAGAGGAAGAGAGUGAUUUCCCCGGGUAUGAAGAGAUGAAUGACAACUUCCCUGAUUAUAAAGUUGACGUUUUAGAGAAUGAAACGGCAAAUGAUAGAGAGGAGGUAUUUCUGAUGAAGAGCGCAGGAAGUGAAGAUGAAAAGGAUGGAGAUGUGGAACAGAAUCAACAAGAUGAACAAGAUGUUGGAGAAGAUGAAGAACCAAGGAAUGUCAAUUAGAUGACAGCUUGUUUUCAGCGGUUGAUCCAGGGAAUUAAGGGUAUAGGACGUCGAAAAAACUUCUUCUUUUAUAAAGAGAGAGCUUGUAGAAUUUGUAUUCUUUGUUCGAUAAAUUUGUGAGAUAAAGUCACACCCUUUGGGAUCAGGUUUAUUAUUUUUAUUUUUAUGUGCUCAGCGUUGUCAAUUAAGUUACUUUUGUAAAAAUUGAGAGUACGAUUUAAUGUUUGGCUGGAUGUAGAUAAGGCUAUAGAUUUGGAAAGGCUAUCUAGUUUUCUUUUACUGUAGAAGCUGUUUUUUUAAUAGAAAUUAUAGAAGUAUGUUUAUACUGAAAUCUUGUGAAUGAGUUCUGACUUGCACGAAUAUCGGCAUCAACAGAAUCUCAACUAUUCUGUCAAAACUGCAUUUAUUUGGACCAAUUUUUAUGUUUUUAAUUCCGCAAGACUAAAGUAUUUCAG